CGCCUGGUGUGUGACACAUAAGCGGCUACACUGGCGUGAUACCUACACAUAUCUUGUCCACAACGAGUAAGUCAUUUGCGCAGAACUUCCGAUAGCGAGAAAGAGCGUUUGGCAGGCUGAAUGAAGGCUGUAAUCAGCUUAGAAGAAAGCUCGAAAGAAAGAGAAGCAACAUGUAGUGUGUUGAAUUUUAAUAAAUGAAUAGCAUUUGUCUGUCACAAAAAAUGCACAGUGCACCUGAGGUGCUGCAAGUUAAUAAGAUUAUUUGUUCACUUGCUUGGUCUCAUUAGUGCUAGCAACGACUGGAGACAUCCAACAUUCGGUUAAAAACCCGUAACUUCCGAUAGAGAAAAGAGUGUUUGCAGUAGAUGCGUGAGGAUUUUCUGAAGCAAAGUGAUAUGUUAUCAGCAACUUGAGGAAACGCCAAGGUAGCUGGAGGCGUCGUAAGCUGUAUACUGAGCAGAGAGCACUCAUAACCGGUUUACGAAGAAGCUGACAAGGAAAAGAAAGCUCCCAGCAAACAUGGACUUCCUCAAGCGGUGCUUCAUCAAGCGGCCCUCGCCGGACGACAUGGCCGACGGGCUGGAAACGGAGCAGGAGUACACGGCCCGGUGGAACUCGAUUCGGAUCAUAUACUAUACAAUGUUCUUGAUGUCGCUGGGAUUUAGCAUAAUUUUAACCGGCGUAUGGCCGUAUUUAGAUAAGUUAGACCCGCACGCCGGUAAGGAGUUCAUGGGUUGGAUCGUCGGCGCUAACCCCGUCGGCCAGAUGAUCUUUAGCCCGCUGGUCGGUUGGUGGGGUAACCGACUCGGCUCGAUCCGGCUUCCCCUGUUGUGUUCAUUGGCGUUGUUUUCGAUCGCCAGCGGGAUCUACUCCACACUGGAGGUCUUCACGACUCAUCGAAAGUACUGGAUGCUGUACUCGCGCUUCCUGAUUGGUGUCAGCUCGUCCAGUAUCGCUGUUUGUCGAUCGUACCUGUCGGCGGCGACCAAGGUCAGCGAGCGAACCGGGGCCGUUUCGAUGGUUUCGUUAGCGCAGACGUUGGGCUUCAUCGUGGGACCGGCGCUGCAAGGAUUGGUCACCCCGCUGGGUGAUCGCGGUUUUCCGCUGAUCCGGAACAAGCUGCACCUGAACAUGUACACCGCGACCGGCUGGAUCAACGUCAUCAUGGGCAUCAUGAACUUUUGCCUGUUUUUACCCUUUAUCUUCAAGGAACGUCGCAUUGCGGCGAAAGAGGCGAUGAUCAAGCGCGGUAUGGAGUCCGAGAAGGAGACCUGGAAGCUGCUCAAGCCGGACUACGUCUCCGCGUGGUCGCUGAUCUUUGCGUUCUUCAUUCUGGUGUUUAACUUUGUGUUUUUGGAAACUCUUGCAACUCCUCUAACCAUGGACAUGUUCGCCUGGACCAAGGCGGAAGCCCUGUAUUACAUGGCCUGGGUUAUGGCCGUCGGUGCCUUCGUAGCCAGCGUUACAUUCGUUAUGAUCGCACCCCUCUGCAAGCGCUUCAAAGAGUACAACGUCCUAUUGUGGGGUGGAUUUUUCCUGAUGGUCCUAGGUCGGGCCGUGUACAUGCCCAUGGGAGACAACCCUCCCAAGCUGGCGAUUCCGGACAAUACCAGCAUAGCGCUGCGUCACCACGCGGAACCGUACGUCUACGGGUCAAACUUUACCGAAGUCUACUCCAACCUCACCAGAGUAGACUUUGGCGGUGACAACUCCACCGACGUGGAGGCCCUGCUGGAAGAAGAACUACUCGGUUGUCCACCCUCCCAAGAGUGGUGCAAAACAACCAAAGGAAUGACCAUUUCGCAGUUCCUGCUGGGUUACGCCUUCACCGCGAUCGGGUACCCCAUCGGAGUCACGCUGAUCACGACCAUCUUCUCUAAAAUUCUUGGUCCACGACCGCAAGGCACGUGGAUGGGUCUGAUGACCGGUUCGGGGUGCCUCUCGCGAGCCAUGGGACCGGUGUUUCUGUCCACAAUCUACACCAAACUGGGACUGUACUGGACGUUCGGAUCAACUGCCCUAAUGAUGGCCGGAACCAUGCUCUGGUUGUGGUAUGUCAGGAAACGCCUCGUCCCAAAAGACUUUGACAUCCCGACGGCCGGCCAAGAGCUGCUAACGGUGGCCGCCAAGAAGGACCCCGAGAAUCCGGUGGUCGAUCCGUCCGAAGUGGAGAAACUCAACAGCGAUAGCGUGGAAAAGGCGGAGGAGAAACCGCCGCCGGCGACGGCGGCCAUUGAAGACAGCAAACGUUAAGUCUGAUAUUACUUACGAUGUUAAGAAGAGGAGGUUAGGUUAAGGCGAAGCGGACGCACAGAUUAUAGCCCAAAUUGUGUUUACAGGAAGAAACGAUGGAAGAUUUACAAUUUUUGGAGCGUGA